AUAAGCGUUGGGAUGGACCGUGACUCACUUGAACGCAUACUUCAAGGCACUUUUAGUUCCGAGUCAAAUGUUCGAAAAUAUUCCGAAAAAUUUAUAGAAGAACACAAGAAUUCGAUUGGUUUUCUUUCUUGUUUAGUACAAGUUCUUCAAGAGGAAGCGAUAACUCUUGAAGUUAAGUUGGCAGCUGCAGUGCAAGUAAAAAAUUUGGUCAAGUCUUCCUGGAAACGAGACAAUUUGUUUAUUCCUUUGCAAGACCAACAAUAUGCACUGGAAAACUGGGUAGUUUUAACUUGCCAAUCACCGUCAAAGCUACAAGCUCCUUUAGCUGAGGCUUUUCAACGUUUGGUACGUGAAGAGUUUCCACAACGUUGGCCAAACUUGGUUCAAUCUUUGGUGUUUGAAAUUGGCAAUAGCAAUAAUGUGAAUCAUUUGCGUGGUGCUUUGUUACUUUGUCGCAUCUUACUCAAAUCAUACGAAUGUUAUUCCACUGGAGAGAAUCAAGUUCAACAGGAAAUUUAUUUGAACAGCAUCGUUUCUGCUCUAUUUCCAACCAUUGAACAAGUUAUCCAAAAACUUUUGGAGAAUCCAAGCAGAGAAGACUUUCAGGAACUUUUGAAGCUGGUGUCCAAAAUCUUUUGGUCGGCAACCAGCGUAACCAUUCCUGAGUACUUGAGAAGUAUUCCAGUUUUUUCAAAAUGGCAGCAUUUCUUUCUCCAUUUAUUUGGAUUGUCUCUGCCAAAUGUCAAUGUUGAUGAUCCUCAGUUGGUGCAUUGGAAGACCAAGAAGUGGAUAGGUCAUAUAUUUUUACGAUUCAUUCAAAGAUAUGGUGACUCAUCAGAAGUGAAAGAUGAGGCAAUGGUCGUAUUUGCGAAUCAAUUUUCGGAAUCUUUUUCGUUACCCAUUAUAGAAACUACGAUUCAUUUACUGGAAUGGCCAUCAAAAGGCAAAUGUUUAGUAGAACGUGUAGCUAACUUGUGCAUUUCAAUACUGGAGAGUGCCACCACUCAAUCAAAGUUAUGGAAACCAAUGAAGCCUCACAUGAAGGAGAUUCUGCAGUCCAUUAUUUAUCCUUAUUUGUGUUUCACUGAUAAGGAUCUGGACCUGUGGAGACAAGAUCCUCAAGAAUAUAUACGCGACUCUUUUGACUUUGUUCAGGAAUAUUUUUCAGCCCGUUCUGCAUCUUGUUCCUUUCUCAGUACGGUUGCAUGUGAUAAGAGUUUCAAAGUUUUGGAGCCCUUAUGGAAACUUUGUAUGGAAAUAUUGCAACAAUAUUCAACUCUCCCAAACGAACAUAAAACCAAAGAAUUAUUAGCCAGGAAAAAGUAUGGAGUUAUUAUGGCAAUUGGUAAUAUGAGGAGGAAGCUUUGUGGUUCUUCUCAAUGGAGACAACAACUGAAGGAAGUAUUGAACAAAUAUAUUAUUUACGAGUUUCAAAGUCCCUUUAUGUUUCUUCGAGCAGCAACAUGUUGGCUAUUGGGUGAACUUGCCAGUGAGGAUGAAUUUCCGUUUGAUUCGCUUUCGUUAGACUGGUUAAAGAGUUAUAUAAAUUGUUUGACUGAUCAGGAUAUUGUCGUUCGAGUUCGUUCCAUCGUUGGUUUGCAACGUUUGGUGGAACAAGACGCUAUUGCUAACUUCCUGAGACCUUAUGUAGGCCACAUUUUACAAACAAUAUUUCAACUAUUUGGACAAGUUGAUCAAUCCGAAUUAUUAGAUACACUGGAGUGUCUCAUAGAGAAGUAUUCACAGGAUUUGGCUCCGUAUGCUACCGAAAUUUGUGAGAAGUUGAGAGAUGCCUUUCUGUUUUACAUAGGAAGAAUGGAAGGGGAAGAACAACGCUCUGAAGAAGAAGAGGAAAUUUCUUUGAGUAUUAUAGGCUGUUUGAAUGGAAUCGACAGUAUGCUGGAAACUGUGGAAGAUGAACCAGACAAGUUGGAAAUCAUUUCUCAUAUACUUUUUCCAAUCUUUCAAGGAAUGUUUCACGAAGGAAGAGAAGAAUAUUUGGAUGAGACUUUUAUGAUUAUAGAAAGUAUAUUUAUGUAUUCCAAAACUGUCUCUGCUUACUUUUGGUCUUUUUAUCCUUUGUUGUUUACCUGUGUGGAGUCGCAUUCGGGGUUAUCAAGUUUUUUGGAUUCUAUAGCAUCAUUACUAGAAUGUUUUGUAAGAUAUGGAACCAAAGAAUUCUUGACUGGUAUGAGUAGUGAUGGAAUUCCUUACCAAAAUAGAAUGAAGAGCUUUGUGCAGUUUUUGCUUGACAAAACAGAUAAUAUUGAUCAUGAAGCAGGCCUCGAAUUGUUAGGAACUUUGUUGAGAAGUUGCAAAGAUAGGAUUACAGAACAUUUGAUAUUCUAUUUGGAUAUCUUCAUUCAUUCCUUAAGAAAGUCUACUUCUCAAGAGCAAGCUAUGAUGAACAAUAUGGGAGCUUUGGAAAACACGGUUUUAUCGAGUUUCUUUUAUAACGACUCCAGAACUGUAUUUGAGUUGUUAGAGAAAGGUCGAAUUUUAGAACAAGCAAUACAAAGAUGGAUCGAAUCCAGCAGAGACUUGGAUACAAAAAGAGAGACGAAGAUAUUCGUUCUCGGAGCCAGUGAAUUGAUGGCAAAGGUUGCUUCACAACGUUUUGCAGAAUAUUCUUCACUAUUUAUUUUAGUUGGUACUCGGCUUGUCCAAAUUCUGAAUGAUUCGCUGCUCAAAGCAGAACAGUCUGCAAUUUCUAGAAGUAAGUUGAAGGGGUUACAGUUUCCAAAAGCGUAUGUUGAGGAAGAGUCCGAAGAAAUACUUGAAAGUGAUGAAGAAGUGGAAAACAAAACAUUUUCUGUUAUUGAAUCUUCUCUAGGAGGUUCUUUGGAUAAUGCAUCGAUCCAAGAUAUCAUUUCCAGUUCGUUUGAUUCGGAAGAGUGGGAGGUUAGUUCGGAAGAUAGUGACACCCUAGAAAGUGUAGACGAGUUCGAAUACUUUACAGAAGUAUUUCAGUGGCUAAAUACUGUUCAACCGCAAGUAUGGUUGUCUUGUGCAAAUAGCUCAACGGUGGAUAUGCAAAGUUUAUUGCAAAAAUUGGAACAGCAAAGAAAAGUGAAAGUGUCUAAUCCAUAAAUAUUUUUUAGUCUGUUAGAUUUCUUGAAACGAUGAGUCAUUUUCAUAGUAGCACACUUCAACUGGAAGGCAAUGACUCCUUAUAUCCCAUAGCGGUCUUAAUAGA